AGACAAACAGCACAAAGUGCGGCUGAGGUCAGCUCCGCUCACCCCGCCUGCUACUCGCUUAUAUGUAACCCCGCCCGCUUCCAUCGUGCACUACACGACAGUCGAACAACAUGGCGAUCAUACCCGCCAGCGUGUCGGUGCCGUUUCUGGGCGUCGGCGUGCUCCUCGCCCUGGUGGCGCUCACCUACAAACAGCUGAGUGGAUAUCUGAAAAAAUGGGUGGUCAUGAAGCCGAUCCCGGCCGUCAGCCGCACGUACCCAUUCAUCGGCAACGCGCUGGACUUGAAGACCGACGCGGUAGAGUUCUUUGGGCAAAUUCAAGGUUAUGUGGAAGAGUUCCGCGAUGCGCCGCUGAUUAAACUCUGGCUUGGGAUAGUGCCCUUUGUGAUUCUUUAUCACGCAGAAACUGUCGAGCCAAUUGUGAGCAACCCUGCCCACAUGGAGAAAUCGAUCACUUACAGCUUCCUUCAUCCCUGGCUUGGAACCGGCCUGCUCACCAGCACGGGGCCAAAGUGGCGCCAACGGCGCAAGAUGCUGACACCCACCUUCCACUUCACCAUCCUGCAGGACUUCCUGGAAGUGAUGAACGAGCAGGCCGAGGUCCUGGUGACCAAGUUGGCCUCCCAGGCGGGCAGAGGCGCCUUCAACUGCUUCAACUAUGUCACGCUGUGCGCCCUGGACAUCAUCUGCGAAACUGCCAUGGGAAGGAAAAUCCACGCCCAAAGCAAUUCUGAGUCCGAAUAUGUCCAGUGUGUCUACAAAAUGAGUGACAUCAUCAGUCGCAGACAGAGGGCGCCAUGGUUUUGGCCCGACUUUACGUAUAAAUACUUUGGCGAGGGGAACAUGCACGACAGUACGCUCAAAUUGCUACAUUCGUUCACAUACGAGGUGAUUCGGGAGCGAGCCGAGAGUCUGAAACUGGAGGACAAAUCGAAGCCCAGGAAGAGGCGGGCGUUCCUGGACAUGUUGCUCGAGACCAAAGACGAGGACGGAAACACCAUGAGCCACCAGGACAUCCAGGAGGAAGUGGACACCUUCAUGUUCAGGGGCCACGACACGACGGCAGCCGCAAUGAACUGGGCCCUUCAUCUCUUGGGCUCUCACCCCGACGUGCACCACAAAGUUCAACGCGAGCUUCAGGAAGUGUUUGGUGCGUCGGAACGCAUGGCCAGCAUGGAAGACGUGAAGCAGCUCAAAUACUUGGAGUGCGUCAUUAAAGAGGCCCUGCGCCUCUAUCCCUCCGUACCUUUCUUCGCACGCAGCCUCCGUGAAGACACGAAAAUCAAUGGUUUUAAAGUGCCCAGUGGCACCAACGCCGUCAUCAUCACCUACGCUCUCCACCGAGAUCCUCGCUACUUCCCCGAGCCUGAGGAAUUCCGGCCCGAACGCUUCCUGCCGGAAAAUUUAGCGGGGAGACCACCCUACGCAUACAUCCCCUUUUCUGCCGGACUCCGCAACUGCAUCGGUCAGCGCUUUGCUAUCAUGGAGGAAAAGGUGGUCUUAUCAUCCAUUUUGCGUAAAUUUAACGUGAAAACCAGCCAGUCCCGCGAGGAGCUGUGUCCAACAGCUGGGCUCAUUCUGCGGCCCGAAUGUGGCAUCUGGAUCCAGUUGGAAAAGCGGGACAAAGCCCAGACGACGCUUCUCCUCUGAGAAAUGAAUGAACUUUUACAUGUAAAUAA